AUGGCUCUCAAUGCCCCUUUGGUCCGCGUGCUGCACCGUGAGCUGUUCCAAUGCACCAGGCACACCGCUCCUCGAGUCCUCCGCCGAUCGUUCGUAUCGCAGCCCCCAAGAACCACUCGCCAUGACAGACCUGUCAAAACCGCCCUUCCUAGGCAAGCCCGCUCCUUCCACAAGUCUGCGAGAUGCUCAAACCAGACCGCCACCGCCCCCAAGGCGCAAACCUACAUCGAAUCCGGCGUCAUAUCGGGCGCACAAGAUCUGGUGGAUGUGAAGAAGGUGCUCGUGAUAGGCUCCGGUGGUCUCUCGAUCGGCCAGGCCGGCGAGUUUGACUACUCCGGCUCGCAAGCCCUCAAGGCCCUGAAGGAAGCCGGCGUGCAAUCGGUCUUGAUCAACCCCAACAUUGCAACCAUCCAGACCGCUCACGUGCUUGCGGACGAGGUCUACUACCUGCCCGUCACGCCCGAAUACGUCACGUAUGUCAUUGAGAAGGAGAGGCCCGAUGGCAUCUUCUUGUCGUUUGGCGGACAGACGGCGCUGAACCUCGGCGUGCGCAUGGACAAGAUGGGCAUCUUCGAGCGAUACGGGGUCAAGGUGCUGGGCACGAGCGUCAAGACAUUGGAGACCAGCGAGGAUCGCGAUCUGUUCGCAAAGGCGUUGAAAGAGAUCGACAUUCCCAUCGCGGAGAGCAUUGCCGUGUCUACGAUCGACGAGGCUCUCGACGCCGCGGAGACCGUGGGUUAUCCCAUCAUUGUGCGAGCUGCAUACGCCCUUGGAGGCCUCGGCUCAGGUUUUGCGGACAAUGCGGAAGAACUGCGAAAUCUGGCUGCUCGAUCUUUGACCCUGUCUCCCCAGAUCUUGGUGGAGAAGUCAUUGAAGGGCUGGAAGGAGGCGGAGUACGAGGUGGUCCGAGAUGCCUCCGACAACUGCAUCACCGUCUGCAACAUGGAGAAUUUCGAUCCCCUCGGAGUCCAUACCGGCGACAGCAUCGUCGUCUCACCAUCGCAGACUUUCAGCGACGAAGAAUACCACAUGCUACGAUCUGCUUCCAUCAAAAUCGUCCGUCACUUGGGCGUGGUUGGAGAGUGCAACGUGCAAUACGCCCUGCAACCCGAUGGACUCGACUACCGGGUGAUUGAAGUCAACGCUCGCCUGUCUCGUUCGUCUGCCCUCGCCUCCAAAGCCACCGGGUACCCGCUCGCCUACACCGCUGCAAAGAUUGGUCUCGGUCAUACGCUGCCCGAACUGCCCAACGCAGUCACUCGCACCACCACGGCCAAUUUCGAGCCCAGCCUGGAUUACGUUGUCACCAAAAUCCCUCGAUGGGAUUUGGCCAAGUUCCAGAACGUCAACCGCUCCAUCGGAUCGAGCAUGAAGUCCGUGGGCGAGGUCAUGGCCAUCGGCCGCACAUUCGAGGAGAGCUUCCAAAAGGCCAUUCGACAAGUCGAUCCCAGAUUCGUGGGGCUGCAAGGCGACCAUUUCGACGACCUCGACCACGUCCUCCAAAACCCCACCGACCGUCGAUGGCUUGCCGUUGGUCAGGCUAUGCUCCACGAGGGCUACACCGUUGACCGUGUCCACGAACUCAGCAGAAUCGACAAAUGGUUCCUCUACAAAAUCCAAAACAUCGUGGACUGCACUCACGAGCUUGAAGACAUUGGCUCGUUGUACGGCGUGAAGAAGGAGCUCAUGAUGAAGGCGAAGAAACUCGGGUUCAGCGACAAGCAGAUCGCCAACGCCGUCAACAGCUCCGAAGACGAGGUGCGCGCUCGAAGGAAGAACUUUGGCAUCCAUCCGUGGGUGAAGAAGAUCGAUACCCUCGCCGCCGAGUUCCCGGCCGACACGAACUAUCUGUACACCACUUACAACGCUUCAAGCCACGACGUCCAGUUCGAUGACCAUGGAAUUAUUGUCCUGGGUUCAGGAGUGUACCGCAUUGGCAGCUCUGUGGAGUUCGACUGGUGUGCUGUCAACGCGACGCUAAGUUUGAAGGCGCUCGGAAAGAAGACGGCCAUGAUCAACACCUACAGCACCGAUUUCGACGUGCCCGAUCGAUUGUAUUUCGAAGAGUUGAGCUAUGAGCGAGUAAUGGACAUCUACGAACUGGAAUCCUCCAGCGGAGUUGUUGUCAGCGUAGGCGGCCAGCUACCGCAAAACAUCGCGCUCAAGCUCCAAGAGCAAGGCAAAGCGAGAGUGUUGGGCACCGAUCCAAAGGACAUCGACAAGGCGGAGGACCGUCACAAGUUCUCUCAGAUCUUGGACAGCAUUGGCGUGGACCAGCCGGCGUGGAAGGAGCUCACCAGCUACGAGGAUGCGAAGAAGUUUGCGUCGGACGUGGACUACCCGGUCCUUGUGAGGCCCAGCUACGUCCUCUCGGGCGCAGCUAUGACCGUCAUUCGAAGCGAAGAGGAGCUGCAAGAGAAGCUCACCGCCGCCAGCAACGUCAGCCCUGACCAUCCGGUUGUCAUCACAAAAUUCAUCGAAGGCGCACAGGAGAUUGACGUUGAUGCCGUCGCUUCGGGUGGAAAGCUGUUGGUGCAUGCAGUCAGCGAGCAUAUUGAGAACGCUGGAGUGCAUUCCGGAGAUGCGUCUUUGGUUCUUCCCCCAGUCAGCCUGAGCAAAGACAUCACGGAUCGGGUGAAGGACAUUGCUCAGAAGGUGGCCAAAGCCUGGAGCAUCACCGGCCCCUUCAACAUGCAAAUCAUCAGCGCCAAGAACCCCGAUGGAGGCGAGAAUUUGCUCAAGGUGAUUGAGUGUAACUUGCGAGCGUCUCGCUCGUUCCCAUUCGUGAGCAAAGUCCUCGGCACCAACUUCAUCGAUGUCGCCACUCGCGCAUUGCUCGACAAGGACGUCCCCGAGCCCGUCGACCUGAUGACCGAAUCGAGAGACUACCUCGCCGUCAAAGUGCCGCAGUUCUCCUGGACUCGUCUUGCUGGAGCGGAUCCCUACUUGGGCGUGGAGAUGGCUAGUACGGGAGAGAUGGCGUGUUUCGGCAAGGACCUCGUCGAGGCGUAUUGGGUGGCGAUGCAGAGCACGAUGAACUUCCGCCUCCCGCUGCCGGGAGAAGGGCUGUUGUUCGGUGGAGACACUGCCACGCCCGACCUCGCGAAGAUUGUGGAUUAUUUAAAUCCCUUGGGCUACAAGUUCUACGCUGCCAACAAUGAGGUGAAGAAGCAUCUCGAACAGGGCAGUCAGGAGGGGAGUGUGAAGGUGGAGGUGAUUGAGUUCCCCAAGGAAGACAAGCGAGCACUGCGCGAGGUAUUCGAGAAGUACGACAUUCGCGGCGUGUUCAACCUGGCCAAGAGGAGGGCGAGCUCGAUGGUGGACGAGGACUACGUGAUGAGGAGGAAUGCGGUGGACUUUGGCGUGCCGCUCUUCAUGGAGCCCCGGACUGCCGUUCUCUUUGCCCAGUGCAUGAGCGAGAAGCUGCCAAAGCCGGAAGGCAUUCCGCCGGAAGUGAGGAGGUGGAGUGAUUUCAUCGGAGGGAAGCCAUUGUGA